UGACAAUCUCUCUCUAUCCCUCCUCUCUCUUCGUUUGCAAUUUAUUUGAAUUCUCCUUUCUUCUUCUAGAGCCAAGAGGCAAAUACACGCACUUAAUCAACUCGGAAAAUCCAAACCUAGGGCUUUACUUUUAGCCAAGACAGAGUGGAUUCAUCACUCUCCGUAUCAGAAAUGGAAGAGAACUUCGAUAUUCAAGCUCUGUUAUCUUUCGGAGACGAUUUAAUCAACUUACUAAACUCCAAGAACGUGUUCGACGUCGUAUCGCAAAGCUUCGAUCAGUCAAAAGCUCUCCACUUGGCUUGCGACGAGGAUUUCAAUCAGAUUCAGGAAUCUAUUAAAGAUUGUAAGAAGAAACUCGAUGGUUGUAAGAAGAAAACAGUGGAAGCUUAUUCAGAUGAAGCAGCAGGAGGUUAUGACAUUGAGCGUCUUCAGAGAGAGCUUGAUGAAGAGAUGGAGCUAGAACGCAAGAUACAUGACGAGAUUAGAGUCGUUGCUGAUGAACUCAAAGACCUGAAUACACAAUGGACAUCCAUUGAUGAAAAGAGGCAGUCUUUAAAGAGGAAAGAGCGUGACGAGUUAAGAGCUGAGAAAAAGCUUUUUAUGUAUGCUUGUGUCACAAAUGUUAUACCAGAAGCAGAGGUUAAUGAUCCAUUAAAGAUCUCAGGCUAUAUGGUAGAUGGCGAGAAAAGAAUUAAGAAGUUCCCGUUAGAGAAAAAUAAGAUGACGGCUUAUGAGACAUGUAACAGUAUCUGGAGCCUCAUCAUAAACAAGCAAUAGACAGACGGCAUUUGUUUGAUGUGUCUGAGUGAACAGUCUUGGUUUUUAGCUUAGCAACCAAAAACUCUGUAACCCAUCUCCACCGUUCCUUAAAUGUAGAAACUUUUCCUGCUUAGUUUGUGUUGACCCUUUUGUAAUUUGAUUACGAAUCUUCUUCAUCAUCUAUGAAAAUUUCC